CAUCUGGGACCGGGUCUAUUCCCAAACAGGACGGCGCUUCUUAUUUUUCGGCGCUUUUUGUGGAGGAAAUCUUCCAUGUACACACCCCAAAUCCAAACCACAGAUAGUGAGAGAGAAGUGAUGAGAAGAUUUGUCACGAAUAGAAGUGAUGAACUCAUUUUCUUGGGUCAUAAAUGAUGAUUGCUUUGCUACUGUGAUGUCUUGUCCGUGUUUACUAUGCCUUUUCUUUUCCUUGUUCACCAUUCAGUGCUCACAUCAACAAGUCAUUGGUCGAGGCAGCCCGUGUGGAUUAGCUCGUCGUGUUGACAUGGAAAUCCACGUCUGUUUGUAUCGUCCUGCAACAAGGCAUAUCCUCUGGUCAGUUAUCAUCAGCUCAAGAGUCUACGUAAAUUAAUGAAACAUUGAAAGCAAACCAGCACAACACAAAUCUGCUCAUGCACUAUUCCGGUGACGCUCGAGAAAAUGCUGUCGCUGAAAACAGGCCAUCACCAAUCAAUCUCACCAGCCUAGUCUCCAAGUUGCCACUCAUACUACUGCAAUCCACGUCACUAAAUGACAGACGGCGUAAAA